AUGUUAUACUUUCUACACCUUAAUUUGCCAUGUGGCAUUAUUCUAUGCAUCGGGUUUUCAUUUUCCCGCUCACUCAAAAAGCCUUUGACAAAAUCCAAUAUAAUCCAUUUCAAUUUCAAUUUGAAUCUUUCCUGUCAACGACACUCCAACCAAGGGUCGAAAGGGAGAUAUGACAGGAGUACGAAGUUCGAAAUUGGGUUAUGCAAUUUCAUCCAUGAAUGGUGGCUUGUGUUGGGUCGUUUUUUUUUCUACUUGAGAUGGGGGAAAGAAACUCUUGAACCGAAGAACUUGAAGCUUCAUAUUCACUGAGUUUUGUAAAUGGAUAUUGUUUGGAUUAUAAAGGUCGCAAUAGAGGUUAUGAC